AUGGGUUCAUACACGGCUGGCAUCAGGCCUGCAUUCCUUGUCCUCGCCGUUCUACUUGUCCUUCUUCCUUCGCAUGUCCAUGCUUUUGGCGCUGGUAACAUCGCAUCGAUAUCCAAGGUUGAAGGCAAGAACUGGCGCCAUGGCGACAUUGAGGAUGUGCUCAAGACCCUGGCGUUUAUCAAGGGCCAUAAGUGGACGUCGAAUAUGGUCAAGAGGGUGUAUUUCGGAAACUGGCUGAGAGAUUACUCGCAGGCAAUGGAUGUAGGGACUCUGCAGAAGCUGCAAUCCGAAACAAUCCGCGUUUUGGUAUGGAUCCUGUCAUUCAUGAGCUUUGGCUACGCCACGGGUGAAUUCGAGGUUACCGCUGAGAGACUGGGGGUCUAUCGACCGGAGGAGCAUAUUGAUAACCCUAAAGACUAUGCGGACAAUAAAGAUGCAAGGCAAUACGACCAGCGUCUGCGCGGUCCUGUUAGACAAAUUGAGUUGGAGGUUGAUCCAGAAACCGGGAUGAAGAACUACAUUGCGAACGAGCGGGGAGAUUGGGCUACCAGUGCAGGCUACGUCAGGUAUAGCUUUGCGCGUAGCAUCCAUUUCGGGAGGCUUUACGCCAAUGGGGGCCAUCACAAAGGUCGCGAAGAGGAUCUAUGUGAAGCAUUACGAUGCCUUGGCCAGGGUUUACAUACCUUGGAAGACUUUGGCGCUCACACCAAUUUUUGCGAACUUGUCCUGCGUGAGAUGGGUAUGCAUAAUGUCUUCCCGCAUACCGGGACGAGGACAAUGAUGAACAUUCGUGGAAAGCAUGUUUUCCCCCUGGUCACCGGGACUUUUGGCAUGGUGGACUUCUUCCACUCAGUUUUGGGCGAAGCCACGGACCAUUUCACUCAAUCGGAGAUCGACGAGGCUGACAAUGCGUUGGGAAGUGCCCAAGCUAGCGGAUCAUCUGGGCCGUUGAAUGGGUUGACUAGCUUACUGGGAAAAGUCCCUGGAAUGGGAGACCUCGUCACCGAAGCGCAGCAAUUGCAACAUCAGUCUCAGGCCCAGGCUCAAGCUAACCAGCAAUACCAAUCUCACCAUGGAGGUUAUGGAGUAUCUCGAGGAUUCAACGAUGGCCCCCAUAGCCAACCGGCAGGGUAUUCCGAUGACACUCGGGCUAACGUUCCAGGAGUACCUGAUUUUGACCCGCAGAAGACGAUAUCCCAAAUCUACCCCAUUCUUGUUUUUCGGGACAAGGUUGUUCGAAGAAUCAGCGCGGUGGUGUCAAAGAUCCCUGGGCUUGAAUCGUUGAUGGACAAGAUUUCGGAAACACUGACAGUGUUUAUCUAUUCUCUCCUGGCUCCAUUUGUCCGGCCUCUGAUUACUUUUGCAUCGCAGAAAUUGCAUCUCGGAUCGUCCGAGGUUAUCCAGUCCUCGGCGCAACACCAAUUUGAACCCUGGACCGAUCCCACCUGCACUGAUCCGACACACUCUCUGCUUUCGAAGGAUCAUUUUUCGAACAUUCUCAACGAGCCAGCGGGCAACGUUGCAGCUGCCAUCUUAAAAUUUGCUGUACCGCGAGUCUUGUACGCUUGGCAAAACGUCGACUUUCCGGUUGAUCAUGUGUUGAAUGACUGCAUGAGCGUGUUUCAUCACCCAGCGUUGCGGGACAUGCAGAACGAAGCGCAUCGGACCAUGUUUGAAGCUGUUCAGCAAUGGGCGCAUUCGAGACGGGAUCGCGGAGCAAGCUUAGACCAUAUCUUGAGUGCGGAGAGCGUCAAAGCAGGGAAAAACCACACCACUGGAGGAGCUGGCCACGACCACGGACAUGGACAUGGACAUGCACAUACACAUGCUCACGCUCACAGUCAGCCUCACCAGGCAGCGCCAUAUGGGCAUCCUCAAGCUAGUCACAGUCAAGGACAAAGCCAGAAUCAUUCGACUAGUUCGUUUGCCAACAUCCCAGGCCUAUCUUCUCUCGCUGGAUUUACCAGCGGGUCGCAGAGCCAUCAGCCUCACUCUGGGUCCUCCGGUUCAUCUGGAAUGCCAUGGGAUAAGCUCUCAAACCUCCCUAUUCCUGGGAUUUCCAACCUAAAUAAGCUCUCCAAUUUCAUCCCUGGUGCGAAGCCCGGGCAUGGAAGGCGUGAGAUGCCGGACGAGUCUGAUGCCAGCGCAACUCAACAGCCACAGCAUUCAGCAGCUCCAGCAAAGCGUGACCCACCGAAUGUUUUCAUGGGGAAGGAACCCGCUCUUGGCAAAAAUACACCAUUAGUCAGCUAA